CCAACUUGACUACAAGGUGACCAACGAACAAGAUACAACACCUUCCACAUUAGUUUCAGCUGGCGCAGCGUGGCGAAUGCUCAGCAACGCCCACAAACCCCCCACCUCGAAACGACUGUGACGACCUCAAACGAUCAGAUUCACAGCCGCAGCUCGCUUGCUUGCAGUAAUAGAGGACAUUCAACAAGCGAAUUGCUGAUACGUUCUCCCGCGAGGGCUAUCUGUUCCCGCCACUAGCUUUCACACAACUCGGCUCAACCCCGUCGCGAUCCGUAGCAAACAACCUCACCGCAACAAAGUUGCAGCGCCAACGUCGACGAGGCGGACAUCCACGGCUUGUCCGACAGACAGCGGACCAUCAACCAACAUGGCAGACCGACCAGCCAUGUAUUUUCACUUGGAAAUGGGCGUCUCUUGGCGACCCAGAAAGCAUCAGGGCCAGUCGAACCAUCAAUUGACCCUGAUGUCCAAGAGCGCGCGGGAACGCGCGAACAAUGUCACCCGACACUGGGGCCCUCAGAACGCCAACUAUCCAGUGCAUGGCAUGCAACCGCAGCGUCCGUACUUAAUACAACAAACCUCAUACGAUCACAACGGGCAGCCCUAUACGCAGCAGCAACAGUGGCAACACCAGCAGCCUGCCGGAUCCCAUGCCCAAUGGCCGCAUCCAACAUGGCAAACACACGCGCAAGCAGCGCAGCCAGCAAUCCAAUACCACACCCAGCCAUGGCUGCAGUCGGGAAUCGAGCAGGAACAGCAGCGACCUUCGCGACCUCGUUCACCUACCGAGUCUCCCCACGGACGUAACCGGUCUGCGCCGCCUCCUAUGAGUGCAGGCUCGUGGGAUGCUGAGCCUGAGCCAAUGAUGGCUACAGCUCUGCCUCAAGGAACUGCCAUUGCAUCGACUUCGAAACCCUUACCAUCUACACCGGCGCAGUACCGUCUUGGUCACGAUGAUAUGCCCUGGUCGCCCUCGCCUUUCCCCAUGGGUCGCUCAGAUGAUGGCAGCAGCGAACAGUCCCCCGACUUGAACGACACACAGAACCCGGCCACAGCUGUUCCUUCUUCGAGUCCGGCGAAACAUGUGGAUGAUCGGGUACGGGGGCGCACCAAAGAGAUGCAGUCACUGGCCACAGCAAUGAUGACCGUGGACAAUGGCUUUGAAGAUCAAUGGUGGUAUCAAGGCGAGCGUCUCGUCAACAUUGCGGGAGAUUUGAUUUCACCAGCAGAGGUGGCCCAGCGGUACGCGCCUGGUACAAGCAGAGUCUGGCAACCCACCACUCCAGGCAUGGCAGGGUUGGGCGACGGAUCUGUCGAUGGGCAGAUAUCUGCGUCCCCCAGCCUGGCCGACGUCGUGUCGCCUGUGAGCGACUAUUCAAGUCCUAGAUCAGGACAUGGAUCACCUGGGCCUAUCAAACGGUCCAUGACUACGAGAUCUGACGAGAUGUUUAUGCGUUGAGAGGAAUUUCAAACAAACCCUUUCGCCACCUCAUGGAAUCAUGCAACUUCCCACCGCACAGCAAGACCGGCCGGCGGUUGACUCUAAUUUGACUUGGUGCGAACCUGGAGGAUCGACGCCCCGCGCAAAACCCCAAGCCAACCUGCUCAUCCAACGUCACAUUUGAGCGCGGGGUAUCCAGAGGCCAGCAUGGCGUAUGUAGUACAGCACGCCAGUAAUCACUCAAUCUAGUGAGGACUGUCGUUGACAAGGAAGCGAAUGGGUGGGAUCGCACGAGAAACCUGUUUG